GAAAUGUAAAUAAUUUAUUGAAAACAAUGAAAUGAGGCUUCCUCCUUUUAAACGCAUAUAUAUCAUCGCUGAGUUAUGGCUUUUUUUGUUUUGUUUUUUUUUGUUCUUUAAAUUAAAUGACGGAUUUCAUUCUUCUUAUUUCUUUAUUUCCUUUCUUCUUUUAAGAUUAUGUCUUUUAAUAAUAGAGAUUAUGACUCAAUUUGGUGCCUAGAAAAUAUUGAAAGCAUAUUAAGUCGUAAACAUCGAGAUCUUAAUUCUGCCGAAAAUAGUUUAUUACUCUUAAGAAAAACAUUAUUAACAAAUCCAUGUCCUCCGGAGUCGAGAGGAAAAGUAUGGAAGUUGUUACUUCGUAUCACCCAAAUAUCCGCAUCCAAAUAUAUUCAAUUAGUUGAGCGUGGUCCCAGUUCACUUGAUGAAAAAAUUAGACAUGAUACUUUCCGUACAAUGACAACUGAUACCAACUUUCUUGAGCAUGUAUCAGAAGAUAUGCUAAUAAGACUACUAAAUGCCUUUGUUUGGGAAAAUGCUAAUUGCAGUAAUUUAUCUUCUUCUCUGACCUACGUUCAAGGUAUGAAUGUUAUUGCCGCACCAUUUUUAAUGACUAUGCCAGAAAUGGAGGCCUAUUUUAGCUUUUCAACCUUUGUUUCAACUUGGUGUCCUUUGUACGUUCAUCCAAACAUGAAGGGAGUACAUUGCGGUCUGCGACUUUUAGAUCUUUGCUUACGUUCUUUGGAUCCUACUUUAUAUGGCUAUUUACGUGGAAAGAAUUUAUCUGCUAGCACUUACGCAUUUGCACCUGUUAUGACAUUUUCAGCAUGCACACCACCUUUAUCUGAGCUUUUGCAGUUAUGGGAUUAUAUGUUUGCUUAUGGGCUUCAUUUAAAUAUACUUUUUAUCAUAGCUCAAUUAGCUUUGAUAAGGACAGAAUUAUUAAAGAGCCCAAGUCCUGUUAAUCUUCUUCGUGUCUUGCCCCCUCUUCGAGCCAAAGAAAUCAUCAACCUAACUGUGUCAUUAUGUAAAAAUUUAUCAUCUGGUUUAUAUGAUAAAUUAGUACGCCAUGCUUAUGAUGAAUCUGUGGCAAAUGAUUUAGGUCUUAGACAUUGUUCUGCAAAUUGGUCAGACGAUCAAGAUGAUACAGAGGAUUUACCAGCUUAUAUGCGUGAUGCUGUAAGCAUGAGAAAAUAAAAAGUGACUCCUUUUUUUUAUCUUUUA